AUGUCUCAACAAUUCGAUCUUGUCGUAUAUGGCUCUACGUCCGGCGCUGUAGCCACUGCUAUACAAGCUGCCCGACUCAACCGAUCUGUUGCCCUUAUUUCACCGCAGGAGCAUAUUGGUGGCAUCCAGAUCAACGGACUUGGCGCCACUGAUAUCGACAAUCAAGUUGAGUUUCAGAACAGCACCACCGUCGGUGGCCUCAGUCUAGAAUUCCACCAAAGAGUCAGCAAAGUAUACAACAGAACCGAAAGUCUCAAUGAGAUUGUCAGCAAACGAAUCAAAGAUCCUGAGAUCUGGCGCUUUGAAUCGAGGAUUGCAGAAAACGUCAUCUCUGACUGGCUGACUGAGUAUCCAUCAAUCAAUAUCAUCAAGUCACCUCUGGCCGAGUCAGGCGAUGCAGUGCAACGUUCAGGUAGCCAGAUUCAAGCUGUGCGUCUUGAGAACGGCGACUUGGUAUCUGGCAAAAUCUUUGUUGAAGCUUCUUACGAAGGAGAUCUCCUCGCUUCAGCAGGCAUCACGUGGACCCGAGGCCGCGAAGCCUCAUCAGUCUAUAAUGAGUCUCUUGCUGGCGUCCGCCAUGAAACACUCUAUCGCCAGAUCGAUGUUCAAGUAGACCCCUACAACAAGCCAGGUAACCCUUCAAGCGGUCUUCUCUACGGCAUCUCGGAUGAGCCAUUCGGCAAGCCUGGUGAUGGUGACUUGCAUCUCCAAUCAUAUUCGUACCGGCUGCCUGUAACGGACGAUCCCGAUAACCGGGUACCCUUCACGAAGCCAGACGGUUACGAUCCGUCGCAUUACGAACUUCACAGGCGCUACUUUGCCGCAGGUGGUGAGUUUUACAUGCCACGAAAAAGGCUGCCGGGUGAAAAAACGGACUUGAUUGGGUCUGAGGGCGCUUUAUCUACCGAUCUACUUGGCAUGAACGAUGAAUGGCCUGUCGCGUCUCGCAAGCGGCGCAAGGAGAUCCUGAAUGAGACAGCUAGAUUCACUAAAGGAUUGCUCUGGUUCAUCUCGACCGAUCCAGCCGUUCCGGUACGUAAUCCCACUAACCUCGAUGCGACAAGGAUCUCUAUUAACUCAACCCAAAGGAAAAAUACCGCCAAGUCUGGUCUCGCUCUGGGUACUGUAGAGACGAGUUUCCUGACAACAGCCACUUUCCAUACGAGCUUUACGUUCGUGAUGCUCGACGCAUGGUCUCAGACUAUAUCAUCACAGAAGCUACUGCAUCUCGUGAUGGCGGCUCAGAGCCUGUUAAAGACCCCAUUGCUGUGGCAUAUUGGCCAACUGAUACCCAUAGCGUCCGCCGAAUCCUGCGAGAUGGAAAGGUGCACAAUGAAGGCUUCAUUUUCAAGGAUGGACACAAAUGGCGUCCUUUUGGUAUUGCUUAUCGCUCACUUGUGCCAAAGAGAAACCAGGCUAUCAACUUUAUCACGGUCACAUGUCCUAGUUCAUCGCAUGUUGGCUACGGUGCUGUUCGCUUGGAGCAUCAAUUCUAUGCCAUGGGCCAGGCCUGUGCUAACGCGGCCGAUGUUGCAAUUGCACAGGGACUCGCAUUGCAAGAUGUUCCAUACAAUGAGUUAA